CAUUUUUGCUUUGGUAGCCUUGGGUGUGACCUUUCUUCAGCAGUUCACAUCCAGGGGUUAUGAUGUCACUCACAUCUGCUGUCCCCAGUCCAGGGUGCAGGGUGCUAGAGUUAAGAUCAAGUGCCAUAAACCGAAUGAGGUGGGAUUCAUCUCGCUGAUUCUCUCCCCUCUGAGGUAAGGACCAUGCUCCUGCUUCCAUUGCUCCCUGUCCUUCUCCUGUGUGUGGUGAGCACGUCCUUAUCAAAGUCAGAAACCUGUGAGAAUACCCUGAAGACCUGCUCUGUGGUAGCCUGUGGCAGAGAUGGGAGAGACGGACCCAAGGGAGAGAAGGGAGACCCAGGUCAAAGCCUCAGGGGUUUGCAAGGUCCUCCAGGGAAGUUGGGGCCUCCAGGAAAUGUAGGCGCCCCUGGAAUGUCAGGACCAAAAGGCCAAAAAGGGGAUCGUGGAGACAGUAAAGUCCUUGAGGCGAAGGUGGCAAAUUUGGAGGCCGAGCUAAGUAUCCUGAAAUCAGAACUGGAGCACACCAAGAAGCUGCAUGCCUUCUCGAUGGGCAAAAAGUCUGGGAAGAAGCUCUUCGUGAGCAACCAUGAAAUGAUGCCCUUUUCCAAAGUGAAGGCUCUGUGCACUGGGCUCCGAGGCACUGUGGCUAUCCCCAGGAAUUCUGAGGAGAACAGCGCCAUCCAGGAAGUGGCCAAAGGCGUUGCCUUCCUAGGCAUCACAGACGAAAUGACUGAAGGCCAGUUCAUGUAUGUGACAGGUGGAAGGCUCACCUACAACAACUGGAGGAUGAAUGAACCCAAUGACCACGGCUUAGGGGAAGACUGUGUCGUUAUUGUAGAAAAUGGGCUAUGGAAUGACAUUUCCUGCCUAGCUUCCUUCAUAGCUGUCUGCGAGUUCCCAGCCUGAGGAAGCCUCUUGGAGCUCUCAGUUGCUUCCAAAGAAAAUUCAGUACUGUUUUCCCAAGCCCAGUGUUAAGUGGUUCUUUUGAGGGGAGAGGAUAUAUUUGGUUGUGACCUGAGGGCGUAAAGAGAAGGUGACCAUGAAGUCCCAUGAGCAAAGGGCACAUCUGUUUGGCUAGGAACAAAGCAUGGAGUCCGAGUCAACUGUGGAAAAGCGAGAAUAAAUCCCCUCCUCUUUCA